CCCCCCGGCCGCCAUGCCCUCGGACCGGCCCUUCAAGCAGCGCCGCACCUUCGCGGAUCGUUGUAAAGAAGUACAGCAGAUCCGAGAGCAGCAUCCAAACAAAAUCCCGGUCAUCAUCGAACGCUAUAAAGGGGAGAAGCAGCUGCCAGUGCUGGACAAGACCAAGUUCCUUGUCCCAGACCAUGUCAACAUGAGUGAAUUGGUCAAAAUAAUCCGGCGUCGCUUGCAGCUGAAUCCCACCCAGGCUUUCUUCCUGCUGGUGAACCAGCACAGCAUGGUGAGCGUGUCUACCCCCAUCUCGGAGAUCUACGAGCAGGAGAAGGACGAGGAUGGCUUCCUCUACAUGGUCUAUGCUUCCCAGGAGACCUUUGGCUACUGAGGCCUGCUGAGAGGUGGCAUGUGGAGACAGAUGAACUGUGGCACACAGGCGCCCGGCCUUGGAAGACAACGCAACGAGAGGCUCACAAGAGGGGGACUGUGCCGACUCCCUUUCUCUCCCUCCCUCCCCUUCCCAUAACCCUGUCACCAAAGAGGCUCGUGGCGUGUGUUGGACUCGCACAACCCUUCACCUCUGUGUAGAUUAGUCCCACUCCCUCCACACACGCGCACCCACGUGCGCACAUACGUACAGAUACCCAUGCGCACACGUGAGGCCUCGGCUUCCCGUCCCAUCCCCUUCGUGUAACCUUCAGCUGCUCUCACUGUGCUGUGUACGUGUGUGCGUGUGCGCGUGUGUGCGUGUUUGUAGCCUGCUGCCAAAACAGUUCGGCCGGUGAUGGAGAGAGGACAGGACACUGUUGCCUUCACUUUCAGCACAGGGAGAGCCGCCUCUCCUCCAAGACACUAAUAAAAGGGCAGGAGGUCUGCAAAAGCAGCAAACAGAUGUUACCGUUGCUCCCGAGUUUUAAUUGAUUUUAAUUACACCCAUAUCAGAUUCUUGGUGCUACUGAGUAGAUGUAGGCGUCUCUGUAGGACUGUGGAUAAUGUAUAUCCUUUAGAUAUAUUUUAUUGGGUUUUUUGUUUGGUUGUUUUUUUUUUUUUAGGGAUAGAUUGGAAUGGGGAGAGGGGGUAAUCUUUCCUGUAUUCUGUAGGUAAAUAAAUCAGGCUUUAUUGCACUUUAAAGCAUAGUAGAUGUCAGAGUGGAAUUUACUUUUAAUUUAUACAGGUUUGCCAUAUAUAGUGCUGCUCUUCUGUUGACAGUUGUACCUAGAUUGUCUUUUUUUUUUUUUUUUAAAUAAAAUUGAUUUCCCUUCUCUCUGUCUCCCCAUUGCAUGCAAUUUUUCAGUCUCAGUGUGGCAAAGAGUUCACUCAAGGAAUGUACUGAUUUAUAUUUGCUAUGUUCCCGUUCCUGUUUCUCAUGUAUUAUACCAAAAAAAUGUAUAUGAUAAAAUCCCACCCAGUUUAAUCUAUACAAAGGUAUAUAUAUAAAUAUAUAUAUAAAAUAAACAUAAAUUCAAGUCGUGUCUUGUA